AUGCGUUUUCCCUCGUCUACUGCUACUCUGGUCGCUGUCUUAGCAGUGCCCGCGUCGGUGACCUGGGCAUGUACGACAGUAGUUAUCUCUAAAGAGGCAUCAAGUACGGGUGUGGCCAUGCUAGCCCAUUCGGCCGAUUGCUUUAUCUGUGAUUCUAGAGUUGCUCUGGUGCCUGGUCGUGAUCACCAGGAAGGCGAACAGCAUGAUAUUUUCGGCAUUAAUCAGCCCUAUCCUCGAGCCUACAACGAUCGUGCUGCUAUUUACUUACCCCCGAACGGGAAGAACUUCACCGAGCCUAGUGCUAGGAUCCCUGAGGUACCGCGAACGUACGGUAUGUGGGAGUCCAACUAUCCCCUAAUGAACGAGGAAGGUCUCACGAUAGGAGAGUCUAGUACAACUUCCAAGGUCCCUGGUGGCUUCGGGGUUGAUCUUGCUGAUCCUAAGACUGGUGAAUACGGUGAGGCUAAGUUCAGUAUCAAGGAGCUCAUCCGUAUUGGGAUGGAGAGAUGCUCAACUGCUGAGUGUGCCAUCAAGGAGAUGGGCACUACUGCUGUGAAGUAUGGUUUCUACCCUGAGUCUGUUGGAGCUGGUGAGUCACUCACCAUAGCAGACACCAACGGCUCCGCUUGGGUAUUUGAUAUUAGUCAUGACUCCACUGGUAAAUCUGCUAUUUGGGCUGCACAAAGGGUCCCUGCUGGUCACGUGGCAGCUGUUGCCAAUCAGUACACUAUCAAGGAGAUCGAUGAGAACGAUCCGGAUAACUUUAUGUUCUCGCCUAAUGUGAAGUCGGAGGCCCUCAAGCUCGGCCUUUGGGAUGGUGAAAGUCCGUUUAGUUUCAUCGAAGCGUAUGGUGUGAACAACGAGAAGCCUAGUUAUACUAGCAUUAGGUUGUGGUUCAUUUUCAAUCGAGUGGCACCUAAUUCUGGUCUGGAAUUCAACAUCGAUCCUUUCAAGCUGCCCUUCUCGGUGCCUGCUGAGAAGUCCCUCACUCGGGAGGACUUGAUGGACAUCUUCAGAACGAACUAUGAGGACACUCCGUUCGACAUGACCAAAGGUAUCCUCGCUGGUAUAUAUCAUAACCCUUACAGGAUUGAGGGUGGUGAUGGUCUUAAUGAAGUGCCUGGUCAGUUUACUAGAGGUAUCUCUAUACCUCGCACAACGUACACUAUGCUUGGCUACCCAGAUCCGGCUAGUCCAGUGGUUUUCUAUGGCACAGAUCAGCCUAGUUCGAGUGUGUUCGUGCCUUUCCUGGCCAAGACCCUGAAGGAGGCUUCGUCCAAUGAUCUUGAGGGCAGUAAGAAGUUAUACUCUUCCUAUUAUCAGCUGGGUAAUAGAGCUGACUUCACCACCGCAAGAGACAGUGCUUGGUGGGCCUUUGACUUCGUAUCUAAUUGGAUGAACAUCAACUAUCAGAACAUGUCGCAGGAGUACGUCAAGCCGGCGAUCGCUGAGUGGCAGCCUAAAAUGAUCGCUGCUGCUGAUGCGGCCACAACAGCGGGGGCGAUGGAAGCUCAGAGCUCUGUGGUGGAGGCCUGGUGGGACCUUUCUGACAAGCUUGUUGUUCGCUACAAUGAUGGCUACUAUAAUUUCCCCGAGUCACAUCCAGAGAAAGUCUUCUAUACGGGGUACCCUGCAGACUACUUGUCCCAGAUCGGUUUCAAUAAGGAUUAUAUUUACCCUAAGUACGUUCAAGCUGCCGAGACACCAUUGCACGCUGAUAUCAAGGUUGAGAAAGUGGGCAUGCCCUACUGGUCGGUUGCUGUUGCUGUAAUCGUCGCGCUGUUGGUGGGUGUAUUUGCUGGGCAUGUGUCUAGUAGGAAGCAGCGUGCUGGGUCGGCCGAUACCCAAAAGGGACUAUUGGCAUCAGAACAUUAA